UCUCGGCCCCCCGUCAUGCCCACACUACCUGAGGAAGAGGAGGACUCUCCCGAGGAGAUGGACAGCUCCUCCAGCUCUCCCAUAACAUCCACACCAGUAAGUGAAAGCCGGGCCAUCAUCGUGACCACCCCCACCAUCGUUUACCCACAGCAGGCUGUCAUUGUCCAACAAGAGGUCCGCCCUCUUGAGCAAAACAGGCCGCACAGUCCCAGAGCUCGCCAGGCCAGAGACUCCACCGGAGGACCCAUCACCACAGUCGACAGCACCGGGAACGUGAUCGACCUGGUGAAAGAUCAGCUGCCGGAGCUUCAGCUCUCUGAAGAAGAUCGACAGAAGAACCUGGAGCUGCUGGAUCAGGCCAAGAAGGUCAGCGACCGCUUUCUCACCCGCCGAGGACGCCGAUCCACCAGCAGCCUCACCGACUCACCCACAGGUCUUUCUCCAACCCCAACACCAUCGUCCUCCCCGUGUUCGUCAAGAAGCAGCUCGUUGAUCGGGGCCCCUCAAACUGCCGCAGGAACCUCAGAAACACUCCACGUCAGCUUGCAGUCGCUCACUCAGCAUCUGGAGGUGCCGUCGGUGAAGAAGCAGCUUGAUUUAUCAAACCAGGAGCUGGAGGAUGAGGUGCUGGUGGACUGGAAGCCCACAGACAGAAGGAAAGUGUCCUCUGGAACGCUAACACCUAAGUUUCCUGUUCGGAAGGAAAACUGUGACCUUGCUGGAUCUAAGAGUCCGCAGACAGCCCGUAAAGCAGAUGAGGUUUUAGGUCAAAACCAAAACUUGGCCCCAGCUACAGGGGUGGCCAAGCCCGUCCCCAGACCACCUACUCAGCAGGCCCCCUGCACAGCAGAGAUCAAGACCAUCGGGGCCUUUCCUCCACUGAUGAGAGCUGUUUCAUGGGAUGCUGUUGGCAGCCUUAAUUCAAGAACUGGAGCCCCAAGUUUCCCACCUCCAGCGGAGGAAACGUUUUCAGAUAAACCAAGAGAAGGUGUGUUUAAAACCUCAGGGUACAAGGACUUCCCCACCCCGCCAGGAAGUAAACUGUCUAAACUCAGAGAGGAGCACAAGUUGAUACGGAACCAGAGUAUAGUCGGAUCCAAGUUGCCGGACUUGAGUGAAGCUGCAGAACAAGAUAAAAGAUCUCCAUCAUCUUCAGCAUCAACAACGGCAGAGGAGAUGAAGGAAAAGUCUGACGCUUUGCCAAAUAUUUCUGAUGUGAUGCUCCGGAAACUCAAACUUCAUCGGGGUUUACCGGGCUGUGCACCUUCACUCACUGAAAAAGAAGUUGAGAAUGCCUUUGUCCAGCUGUCUCUGGCGUUUCGUAAUGACAACUACACCCUGGAGACGAGACUCAAACAAGCGGAGAGGGAGAGGAACCUGACUGAGGAAGAUGCAGAGAAGGAACUAGAGGAGUUCAAAGGCUCACUGAAGACGACUGCACCGCAGUGGCAGAACGUGGAGCAGCGUGAAGCCUACCAGUGCCUCGUGGAGACGGUGGCGGUGCUGCACCGUCUCACCACCCGGCUCUCCAGCAGAGCAGAGAUAGUUGGAGCAGUUCGACAGGAGAAACGUAUGAACAAAGCCACUGAGGUCAUGAUGCAAUACGUGGAAAAUCUGAAGAGGACGUACGAGAAAGACCACGCAGAGCUGAUGGAGUUUAAGAAACUGGCCAACCAGAACUCAAAUCGAUGUUAUGGAGCCUCUGGAGAACCUGGAGAUGAAGGAGUCCCACGGUCGUCCAGAUCCAUGUCCAUCACCCUUGGAAAAGCUUUGCCCAGGCGAAGGGUAAGCGUAGCGGUGGUGCCUAAGUUUAACCUCCUCAACAUCCCGGGUCCAAACUCAACUACUGCCGGCCCGGGCUCAGCAGCAGGAUCCACAGCGGGUCCUGCUCUUCCUGCCCUGUGUGAAGCAAAUGACGCCAAAAGCAGCUCGUCGCCAGACGCAGCAGCAGACUGUGGAAAGAGUGUGCUGGAGCAGGAAAGCGAGCCAGCCAAACCUUCAGUAAACUUGGAGGAGAUCAAAGCUGAGAUCAAGGCAAAGAUUGAGGAGGAAGCGUACAAUAAAGGCUACCAGGAGGGACUAAAGCAAAGCAAAGUGCUCCUGGAGGAGAAAAGUGAAGAUGAGAACGAUGCAGAAAAACUGCUGGAACUGAAACACAAGGAUGAAGAAAGUGGAAAGAGGAGGAUAUCGGAGGUCCUGGCUCUUCUCAACCAGUUUUGUCCCAAGAUUUCCGUCACUCGGCGUCUUCUUUGGAUCUUCCUGAUGCUGUUUGUAGUGAUGUGUGUGGUUAUCAGUAUUUUCACCUUCUUCAGUGACUACUACAACCGGCGUGAGGACACGUAAGG